ACGGAGAAAAGUGCACGUGGGAGCCGAGGCAGCCCAGACGUGUCAGGGUGGGGGCCUGUUCCCGGAGAAGACAUGGCGUCGCUCAGUUGUAGCACCGUCGUCUGCGUGAUAUGCUUGGAGAAACCCAAAUACCGCUGCCCCGCCUGCCGCAUGCCUUACUGUUCGGUGACUUGUUUCCGGAAGCAUAAAGAGCAGUGCAAUCCUGAAACUCAACCUGGUGGGAAAAAAAUAAGAUCAGCUGCUAUUGCAAUAAGUAUAAAGCCUGUGGAAGAUGAAGAUGACGAUGACUCUAUAGCUGAUUUUCUCAAUAGUGAUGAGGAAGAAGACAGAGUUUCUUUGCAGAAUUUAAAGAAUUUAGGGGAGUGUGCGGCAUUAAGAAGCUUACUACUCAACCCACACCUUAGAGAGUUGAUGGUCAGCCUUGACCAGGGGGACAACAAGGCAAAGCUCAUGAAAGCCUGCAUGCAGGAGCCUUUGUUCGUGGAGUUUGCUGACUGCUGUUUAAGGAUUGUGGCACCGCCCCAGAACGAGGAUUCCUAAAGGGGAUUAUUAUGCUGCUCAGUCAGGUUUGUGCUUGACUCAGAAUCUGCCUGCUCCCUCUUCCAGGAGCUCAGCUAGUACGGGGCCCUGAGCAAGUGAUUUCCAGGAUGAAGACCUGCUGACGUCGGAUAGGCCAUGCACAGCUUCACCUCCCUUGAUGUGGGCUUGUCUCAGGCACAUGGGGGCACUCAGUGUGGCAAACCCUUUAUGGGAAGAGAAUUUGACAUUCAGAUGGUUGUUUUUAAAUGUUUUAUUUUUGGUACAGUUAAGAUAGACAUCAUAAAUGAUAUUUAUCAAGUUUCACACCCAUUUCAGUUAAAACUUGCUCAGUUACUAAAUAAAAUCAAGACAUGGUUGUAUGGUA